AUGAGUCAAAGGCCAUCUUCAAAAAAUGCAUGCACACAAGGAAAACCAAUGACUAGAAGUUCGGAAUCUAAUAGACGGCCACAGGCAACCAGCUGUAGAGUUAUCGAACCUAUCCAAGAAGAAUGUGACGAUAAUAACGAUUCACAAAUAAACGAAGAUCAAAGUUGUCCAUACGAGGAUCAAGAACCAAGGUAUGAUCCCAAAGAGCUUCGUGAUGCUGUUAGAAUACUUAAUCCAUUUGUUAGACUAAUUAAAGACACUAAUAAUCCGUAUGCUAGAAUAGUAGCUCGAGAGGUAUGCAAAACUUUUUAUCGUUUGUUCCAUCCAAAUAAACAUCCCAUAGACGUUAUGAAAACCAUUAAUUGGAGAGCUAAGACUGUAAGAACCCAACAGCUGUGGAGUGAAUUUUGGCUCUACGUUCCCGGGUCUAAAGUUGAAGAAUGGGUAUCGUUACGUGAACUUGUUAAGAAUGAUAACCUCAUAGACUUUAGUGACUAUUGUAAUCCAUGUCAAACGCAAACUGAUAAUCGCAAUUCACAAGUUGAUGAACAACAAUGCCCCCUAAAUCAAUUGUUUAUUAAUGAAAAUUCUAGCGUUCAACAGCGUUCAACGCCUUGCCGACAAAAUCGAUGCGCUCAGGGAACUCAGAAAACUCAGAGAAAUUCUCCUGAGCAUUUAAAUUUUGAAGAAAUGUGUGAUUUUGUUUCACACCCAAGCUUAUACGACGUUAGUCCUCCACCUAUGAUGGAUUUCGAACAUCAAUCCGCUGGUUCUGAUAAUCUACCGUGUGGUGCACAUAAUUCUAAAUCAAAAGUUUCAAGAAGAAUUUUUGAAAACUUUCAAAGUACUUUUAACCAAAAUAAAAAUUCGUUUGAAUUGGAUUCAAAACAGCGCCGUGAGCAAAUAUUUGGGAACCAGUGUCGGUUGGAACGACUUGACGAAUCGACAAGUAAAAAGUGUAGUGUUGGUUUUGAAGAUGUUAUAAGUGAAAUAAAAAUAAUAAAUGGUACCUCGCAAUGCAAACGUCAACCUGCAGGAAAUGACUUUUAUUUUCCGCACAGUGUACCUGGCUGCAGUAAUGACCCGACGUGUAUGGCUCAGCCUAAUCAUGGAACUGAUAAGGCACAACUCGAAUAUUACAGAAUAACUGCGAACACACCGUCCCCUCAACGAAUUCAAAACAACACAAGUCAGCCUUUGCCAAAAACACCAGUUGAACCAGAGCUUAGAACAAAUGCUCUACAGUAUUCUGUAACUGAAAACGACGAAGUCUGUAAUGACUCAGAUUCCGUCGAAAGUGUAAAAAGUAUACAGCAGAUAGUAUGCAAAUCAAAUUUAGUGGCCAAUGCAUUUACUAAUUUGUCAUUAGCAAAAAAAGACCUUAAAAAAAAAACAGAAGCUUUUAAUAUGUUAACACGACAUUAUUUACAUUUUGUAUCGAACCCAAUAGAAGUAGACCCUCCGUGUGAAAACAGCCCGACUGCCAAGAUGAUCCUGCAGGCCAUCUAUAAAAAUCCACCAAAAAUCAUUAAACCAUUCAAUGACUGUGAAUGGAACGAUAAUGCUUUUCACGACAAAGAUUUCAUUCGAUUACUCCCGUUUUAUGAAAGCGUACACAAUCAAUUAGAAUAUAUUUCAAAAAAACAGCGAGAUUACGGUAUAAAUAUGCUAGAUGACAUUAUGUCCACUCUUUAUCAUAUACACUACGAUCUGGGUGAUCCAAGGCUCAAAAACGAUAUGCUUGUAGAACACGUCAAACUAAUUACAAGAAAUACAUGGGAAUCAUAUUUUUAUAAAGAUAAAAAAAUGCCCACCAUUCCUGAAAAAACGCAAGAAAAUUAUGAACCAAGUCCACAGAAUACUCCACAACAACCGUCUCCAAUACAACCUAGUCCAGUACAACGAUCGUGUCCGAGACAAGUUGGUCCGAAGCCGUCAAAUCGGAGACCCUCUAAUGUUCGAAAACCAGUUUCAAAUUUAUCAAAUCCUUCAGGACAAUCUAACGGUGAACGACCACGUUCAAGUAAUGCACCGAAUCCUAAUGUCAAUGGAAGACCGGGGCCGACGUAUAACCAAAGAACGGUUGACGGUCCCCAAGAAGCUUGCAAUCCUCCUGCUGAAAAUAAAAGAACUUUUCUACGCAGAAGUCGUCCAAGUGGUGCGCCAAAAGGCUGGGCUCCAAAAUUGAAACAGGCAGAUCGACCAGAUUCUUUGCCGGCUUUUAAGGCGAAACCUCUGCCAAAAUUUGUACGCGAUAGAUUAAAUAAUCGAGAUGAGGCGUGUUAA